GUGCACACACCUGCUCAACCAAAGCAUCGGCCCAUUGUCCCAACAAAACCAAGAGCUUACAACCUGAACGUCUGACCAUGAAGUGUGACAAGGUCAUAAUCGUUAUGGCCUUGAUCUGGGUGGGGACUUUAGCCCAACAGCCUGGUCCUGAAGAAAAGAUUCCCUUUCAAACUAAAGACAAAGAUGCUUGUGUCAUGAGCAUCAGUGGUCAAGGUGAGAUGAGCGUAAGAAUCGAAUGCAAAAAUCAGGCCAAGAACUAUUUAUGCGUAUUUACAUCCAAGCCAUCCUUCUGUCGGGCAUACAACAAAGAUCCUAAGGGAUUUUGGAACCAGCUCAGUGAAGAUUUGAAAAAGACUGGAAAUCCAUGUGUGCCUCAAGUGUUCAAGCACAGCCUGUGCCCAAAGGCUCCUGCUGCUUCUCAAUUCAAGCAAGUAGACACUAGGAACCAACAGUCUGAUACUUCAAAGCCUGAUAAGAAACCACCACCAACAAAGAAACCAACAACAAAAAAACCUCCAUCUACCAAGAAACCAGAUCCUCCCAAGCCUAAAAAACUGGAAGAGCAAAAUCCCAAAGCCGUGAAGAUGGCAAAAGAGAACUGCUCGUGGUUCUUCCAGACAUUCUGCUCCUAUAUCAUCGAGAUUUUCAUAUAAUCUACAGAUGUGCAAACGAUGGAAGCAUUUCAAGCAGCAGGGCGUCAUUUUGAAAUGGGAUGGUCCUUGUAAAUAAAUAUUAUAUACCCAUCACAUCAUUCUCUUAAAUGGCUUAUAAAAAUCCAAGUCUACAGAAUACAAGAAACGUGGACUGUAUUUACCUAACGUCUUCUGGAGUCUCAA